AUGUUUCUGUCUCUUCCUACAUUAACUGUUCUUAUUCCACUGGUCUCUUUAGCAGGACUGUUCUACUCAGCCUCUGUGGAAGAAAACUUCCCCCACGGCUGCACUAGCACAACCAGUCUUUGCUUUUACAGUCUGCUCCUGCCCAUCACCAUACCAGUGUAUGUGUUCUUCCAUCUUUGGACUUGGAUGGGUAUUAAACUCUUCCGGCAUAAUUGAUGGAACCACAGCCAAGAUGGUAUCUAUAUAUUGAUAUGUCUUGGGUGUCUAUCUUUGAAAGUUCAACUGAGUGGAAAAACUGGAGACCCAUUUAAUUUUCGGGACAGAUGGUUUUGCCUUGCUUAUGUCAAGCUUAGGACGAUGGGAGGCUUAAGCUGCACAAGCUUCUUUUAUUAUACCCUUGCUCUGCCUUUCUUUUCUGAAGGUUCUGACUUAAUAAUUGCUGUAGCAGAAGAAACACGUUGGCAGUAUCUUGUUGGACAUUAACACAUCUGAUGACUAAUUCUUAUUCAUCUAUUUAGUCAUUUGAAAUUUUGUUUGAAUAGCUUAAAGGUAUUAGGUAAAGUCACCAGUAGAGAACACUGAAAUAAUUCCAAAGGAGCUAUGUUGGAAUGGUUAUAGAGAAAUGCAUUUGCACUAUUGUGUUAUAAAACCAUAAAAUAAAAUGGAAAUUUCAUGUACUUAGAAAAAUUCUGAGUUUGUAAAAUUUCCUUCAUUUCUUUGGCAUCCGAUGCUUACAUUAAUAAAAAAGUAAGAUGUUGACACUUUUCCAUAAAAAAUAAACUAGUUUGCAGUAGG